GCCGAGCCGGCCCUAAAGGAUGCGGACGCGCAGAUGCCGCCGCCGGCUCCAGGCUGCGAGCGCGCAUACUGGCUCCGCUACGAAGCCGACCGCGCCUUCUCCCAUCACCUUUCCAUCAGACGUCGCCGUCUGGGACCUGCUCGUCGUCGGCGACCCCGGCCACAACGACCUGCCCGACGCCCCGACCCCGCGCUGCUGCGUCGCCCGCGGAGCUGGAACGCCGCGCAACCCCGCGGGUCACCUGCCCUCGCAUCGCCUCCUACGCCGCCGCGGCUAACGGUCCGCCUUGAGCUUGGCAUCUCCGCCACCGCACACUCAGGGGAACAGAGCAGAGGUCUACGCAAAGUCAAGCAUGCAUCCAUUGCAAGCAGUGGACAAACCAAGCAACAUAACAAUGGACUAUUAGUAAAUGACUAUAAUUUCCAACCCCCCCAUCAACCAAACAUGCUAGCUGCCAGCGCAGGUAGCCAAACUACACCUCUAUAUAAAUUAAAACAUAGCAGCUCCUUGUUACUACCCUGCUAUCAUGUGAAUGCAUGCAGAUCCAAAAAAGCCUGCCGCGCUACUAUGAUCUUGUCUGAACGCUAGAAACAAAAGACAAGAGGCUGUCAAGCUGCACCGAUAUGGGUGCACAUCGCAUCAGGUUCGUACACACUUCUAUUUUCCUUCUAUUUAUAAUAUCUUGAGCAUCACAAUUGCAUCAGGGAUGUUUGUUUGGAUUCUUCUAUUUUGGAGUCUCAUACCAAGCACAAAGGACACAAUGCAAAUCCGGAUCAAAACCUUUCCUCUUGUGGACCUUAUGACACCAUCAGUGAUCUAUUUUCUCAAUGGAAUUGAGCUGGGAUGGUAUACAAUUGAACCUAUUUUGUGAAGCAUCCAAUACCAACAGUAACCAUGCUCUAUAGAUCAGGAUUAGUAACGGAGCAUCUUAGUACAUUGCUUAUGUAUCAAACAGCUUAGCAUUAUGUUCGUUCAACCUUCAUGAUUGUGCCCUACACAUCUGUAAUGCUAUGGAGUAUGGACAAUGCAUUUGUAAUGCAGAACAUAAAUAUGCUGCUGUCUAUUGGAAUGCCUAAUCACGUCUUCAUCUCA